UGGCGGCGCAGCAGCAGCAGCAACAAGCCGCCGCCGGGAUGUCGCAGGCUGGACUCCAGCAGCAGCAGCAGCAGCAGCAGCUGAGUCAACAGCAAGACUUUGACCCGGUGCACAGGUUCAAGAUGCUCAUCCCUCAGCUGAAGGAAAGUCUGCAGAACCUCAUGAAGAUCGCGUCCAUGAACCUGGCUCACAACACCACUAUAGACAACGGGAACAAAAGCGACGACAACCCCGUGCAGCGAUUCGACAAGAGCCUGGAGGAGUUCUACGCUCUGUGUGAUCAGCUGGAGCUGUGUCUGAGGCUGGCCUACGAGUGUCUGUCCCAGAGCAUCGACAGCGCCAAGCACUCCCCCAACCUGGUGCCCACGGCCACCAAGCCGGACACGGUGCAGACCGAGUCCAUGUCCUACGCGCAGUACCUGGCCAUGAUCAAGUCCCAGAUCUCCUGCGCCAAGGACAUCCACAACGCCCUGCUGGAGUGCUCCAAGAAGAUCGCCGGCAAAGGACAGCCGCAGGGAAUCAUGUAGCCCUGCACAGCUCCGGCCGGAGCCUCGGACUCACGCUGCCGUGCUCGGCAGGGAAGAGCGUGGUUUGCGGACGUUCCACUCUGGACAAAACCGUCCUGAGGACAACUGCGGUCGAUGUCAGCGACAGCCAGCAGAGGGCGCCAGAGAAAACCUUUCUUCCUUUUUGCUCUUUUGUAUGGUAAUAAAUCCGUUUUGUA